AUGUUGUCCAAAAAAGGAUAUCAAGAAAUACGAUUACAACUUAACAAUAUUCCAGCAACAUUAACAAAUAAAAAACAAAAUAGUCUUCGUAAAUAUCUCAAUAAAAAUAUCAAGAAAUAUGAAUGUUCAAUGAAUUUUAUGCCAUUUGAACCAUUACCACAUAUAACGUACUUCAUCAAUCGAACAACAACUGAAGCAUGUGUACGACAACUUAUUCAAGCAGCAACAGUAUCAUCGGAAUUUACCAUUAAUACUGAAUCAAUAAAUAUAUAUAGAAAAGGCAAGAAGCCCGCAUUGAUGAAAUUGCAGAUUUUCUUACCACAUAAUUCAUCAUUUGUUGUAUUAAUUGAAAUGUAUCACUUACCAAAUGAAAAUCAUAUUUGUUUCAAAUUAACUCGAGAAUUAAUUGGUAUUAUUUUUUCUUCAAAUAAAUAA